AUGUGUUAUCGCUGUGGUUCACCUCAACAUUUAGCAAAUUCGCCAGAGUGUACUGCAGGGUCAAAGGACUACAACUCUUGUGGAAAAAAGCGACAUCUGUCUAGUGUUUGCCGUGGUAAAAGGAAAGUUGUUAAGCAGGUUGAACACGCUAGAGAUACCUUGGGUAAGGUUAAGGGGUUCAAACAUAAAGUUAAAGUUCGCCCUGAGGUUAAUCCAGUCCAACAAAAGCUGCGUAGACUGCCAUUGACUGUGCGUCAAGCCGUGUGCGCUGAAUUACAACGUCUUCUAGACGCAGGGAUUAUUGAACGCGCUGAAGCGCCGGAGUGGGUUUCACCAAUUGUAGUUGCAUGGAAAAAGACUGAACGAGGUAUGACACUAAAUGACAAAUGUGAGUUCGGUGUACCUUCAAUGAAAGUAUUAGGUCAUGUUAUCGAUGACAAAGGUGUUCACCCUAGUGACGAAUUAGUCCAUGGAAUUGCUAAAGCUGCAAUACCCCAGAAUAAUCUCCAACUUAAGUCAUUUCUAGGACUCGCAGGUUUUUAUGCUAGCCCUGGUCUUGCUCUAUUCGACCAUGAUCUCAAAGUUUUUGUCACAACUGAUGCGAGUGGUUAUGGGUUAGGAGCGGUACUUACACAGGUAAAGAGUGACGGCUCGGAAGUCACAGUUGCUUGCGCGUCUAGAACAUUAACUGCACCCGAACGAAAUUACUCAGUCGGAGAACGCGAAGCACUAAAUGAAGAUGACAGUGAUGCAGUCUGUCAAGUUGUUCUAAACGAUACUUAUAGCGCUUUCACACGCAUUGAAUUAGAACAGGCUACAAAUAAUGAUGAAGUAUGCAUGCAGCUUAAAGAAUACAUACAUAAUGGGUGGCCGAAUGGUAAAAAGCAUAUUCCAGAAAUCAUUAAGCCCUAUUCCCGUAUUAAAGAUGAGUUCUCGAUUCAUAAUGAUAUUAUUUUUCGUGGUCAACGCGUGAUAAUACCAGCAGCACUUACCUCCAAAUUAGUUAAUCUGGCCCAUGAAAAUCAUCAAGGUAUUGUGCGAACCAAACAAAGAUUAAGAGAUCUUUACUGGUGGCCUAAAAUGGACGUACACGUAACGGACACAAUUACUAAUUGUUUAACUUGCCAAAUUGCUGACAAGUCUGCGAAAUCACGAGUGGCUCAUAUGCAGCCGGUACAAUUGCCAGAACGUCCAUGGCAAAAGCUCGGGAUUGAUUUCGUAUUCAGUCGUGAAGGUUAUCCUGAAGAACUAGUUUCUGAUAAUGGUACGCAGUUAACUAGCCAGGAGUUCGAAACUUUCUUGAAAAAACGUAACAUCAAACACAGAUUUUCUGCGGUGUAUCACCCAGAAGCCAACAGUACUGUCAAGCGCUUUAACCGGAUUUUGAAUGAAACUAUUCAAACGGCACGAAUCGAUAAACGUCCAGUUAAAAAUGCUGUGACGGAAUUUCUAGGUACUUAUCGCGCUACGCGACAUGCCACUUCUGGGAAUCCCCAUCUGUGGUACUACACGGGCGUCAUAUGUUGA